AUGAGCGAAGACCAAGACUCGGAUUCAGCAACAACCGAGUACCAGUUUGUAUUCGGUACAGACCAGCCAGGCGCCCGCAGCCAUGCGAUGCGACAGUUCUGGAGGAGGAGGCACCAGGCCCUCCAAAGUUCCCCCCAGACCACUCGACCUCAGCUUAGAACACUACUACCCAAGGACUAUAGCUCCGAGAGCAGAGGAUAUCAACGGGAUGCAUCACAAGGUCAGACUCCAGAUCCACCAGAUGGGGAAGGUCAACCAGGCUCCGCCAACGCGAAAAUUCCAGCUUCAAACGUCGAGUACGGGCAGCAGUCCUCGAUCGCUCAAGGGCUGGGCCCCAAAUUCCCGAUAGAUCUGUCGGCGAAAGACCAAGAAAUCUUCGCGUCAUGGCUCGAUCUACAUGCUAGUUUUGGCCCCGGCUUAUCACAAAGUACCGGCUUCGACCCUGUACGUGAUGUCUGGUUGCCUUUGGAUCUAUCGAAUAGUGCCUCGUUUUGCGCCUUGAUGGCUCAUGCGGCAGCUCAUGUCGCCCACCGUCAAGGCCAGACAAAGUCGAUAGAAUCGGAAAAGUUCAGGACCCUGGCUGUGGGAAUCAUCGCGAAAUGGCUGGCCGACGAAAGAAGAUCGACACAAGAUGAUACGAUUACGGCUAUUGCACGCCUUCUAAUGUUCGAGAAAUACUGGGCUAUAGAUGACCAAUGGCGUGCCCAUAAAAACGGCCUUGUCAGCGUUGUCAAUGCAAGGAAUGGGGUAGAGAAUUUUCGCUCAAGUUGGCGUCUUCAUAUGGUUCUCUUCCUGGCGUUCUCUCUGGCAGAGCCGUCAAGGAAUUCAUCCCCGGCGCAUGUCUGGGAAAUCUCAGAGUACUUUGUCCCCGCUACCGUGCAUCCAGCAAUCGACCUUCGACUACACCAGGUUAACCCGAAGGCCUCCCAAGGGCUGAUUGCCUAUCCUGAUAUCCAUGAAACGAUAACAUUUCUUGCGAGUUCCUCAAACUUAUCGGCAGACGCAUCGCCGAAUGUCCAAGAUCACACACUCCUCUGCUUGUUCAUACUUGCCGUGAUGUUUCAAGAGUCACUCUACUCCUCAUCGCCGGAACUUGGUCACUCCUUCACCGACAAAUUGCCGGUACUAAAUGAAGCUCUGUCUAAGAGCAAGACCAUAUGGAAACGCUCCUCGCAGGAGCUAUAUGAGUUUCUGAUGGAGGAUCAUUUCAAUCUCCUGCUCAGCCCCUCAGCUCGCAGUUUCAUCACGAAGGUGGCCCAAAACCUGGUUUAUUUGAAUGAGUCUGCACAGGCAGCUGUCGCAAAAUGCCUUCUCAAUAAACUUCUCUGGCAGAGCCAGGACGUGAAGGCUGAUUCAGAUCUCCAAAGUGAUGGAACGCUUUAA